AAAGUAUGUAUACACAUUACGAACGUGCAUGUUAUUCAACACGUCCUUACCAUUCCACGAUUUAACUCUCCAAUUUAAAAUAAACAACGAAUAGGAAAUUAAAUCAUAAAAAAGAUCAAAAUUUUAUUACAUCCUGUAAGGUUUACCCAACAGUUCGUGUUUAUAAGGAGUAAUUCAAAGCGGUGGUAAUUCAAAGAAUUUUAUAAUUGUGGUCUCUAUGCUAAAUACCAUGACAAUAAUCUGAAGUGGACGAUUGAUCUUCAUUUCAACCAUCAAUUUCACUUGGAGACAGUGAAAAUGACGACAGUGGGACAGAGAACGACUUCCAAAUCUGGAAAAGGACAAACAUGUCGCAAAACUCUACGGCUAAGUGAACGGCCUUGCGAUGUAUGCGGGGAACGGGCUAGGUCUCACAAUUACGGAGGCAUUUCAUGCAAUUGUUGUAGAUCCUUCUUUUUCAAAUACGUUCUUAGAAAUAUGACAAGUUACGCUUCUACUAAUAACAUUAAAAAUUGCAAAUUUACCGGAAACUGUAAAAUUGACAAACUAUCAAGAAAGAAAUGUCCAACAUGCCGCUUUUUUAAAUGUGUACAAAUUGGAAUGGACCCAAAUUGGGUUAUAUCAGAUUAUGAAAGGACACAAAAACUUAAACAGAAUAAAACAAGUCAAACUCACCCUGAAGACGUAAUAUCUCCCCAAAAGCCAAACCUAGACGAUGAUGAUAUCGCAAAAAUUGCAGAAAUUCCCAAAUUGUACAAAUCCGCUUGUGAACAAAUUCCUUACAAUUUUCUCCCCCGAGAAAAAAGUGAAAUUUUGAGCCCAACCAAAAUACGACUUUUACAACUUGGCAUGAUAUCUACAGCAAUUCGAAGGUUUGUCUGCUUUGCGAGGAUGCUUGCCGAAUUUCAAAGACUUUCUUUACACGAUCAAACCAAUUUGUUGAGACGAUCCGUCAUGGAACUGAUUAUUCUGCGAGAUGUGGUAACUUAUGAUUUCGAAACAGGCUUGAGCACCUCUGAAGCAGACCAAUAUCCUCAAUUUAAAAUGGACGAAUGCUUUAGCCAAUGGUCCGACGACAUGACUGACGCGUAUGUCCAGCUCUGCAGAAGGAUGCGAAACCUUGCUACCGAUGAGGAAAGUAUUAUGCUAGUGAUCUCCGUGGCCUUGUUCUCCGACUGCGGAGGAAAUGAGAAUUGUACCGAGUUUGACGAUCUAGCUGGAAUUAAUGCAGCACAAGAGCACUACACGACAUUACUGCAGAAAUACUUAAAAUAUCUCCACGGUGAUGAAAAAGGCAGACUAAUUUUCCCUAGGCUACUCUCCCAACUUGCUCAUAUUACUCAAACGGCUCAGCUGCACCAAGGCAUACCGGUUAACAUGACGGAAGACCAAGUCAAUAAAAUGCAUGAACACCUCCUACAAAUUCAGAUAAUUGCAAGUCCUUCGCCACUUCCGAGAAACGGGUUUAUCCACGAUAAAACCAUACCACUCGACCAGCUUACCAAGGAAAAGGAAUGCUGUAAGAAAAAUCUGGCGUCUAAAAGUCUACUGGCAUCCAAAGCGCAAAAUCCGAAGAACCCAAAUCUAGCCGAAAAUUAUAAAUCUGAUCAUUUGAUUAAUUCCCCAUCUCUAAUUCACACAUUUGCCAAUCAUCCAGGAGAAUAUGGAAUUAAACCAUACUUUUUCGAGUCAGGGCCGCAUUGCGGCAUAGAGCGGGCCUUCAUGCGUCGAAUGACGGAACUGGUGGCAAACCCGUGGGAUUCUUUAGUCAGCAAUGUCUCAAGAUUAUCAAUGUCUCCAAACGAAGAUGAACCGUGUGCCAAUUAUAUUUAGCAGCUUUUCUGCGCCGUAUGACUAAACUGGUGGUGAAUACAUUGGUCAAUAACAUCGAGACAUUUCCUAAAAUUGUUCUAAAACUGACGAAAAGUGAGAUUAGCAAUGAGUAAUAAAAAUUAUCAAGUUCUUUAGUGGAGUUCAAGGAUGACAUUUUUCACGUAGUUUUAUUUUGCUCAAGCUUCGUGGAGUGUUUGCCUUGAUUUUGGUAGGAAAUUAUUUCAUUCAUGCAUAUUAAUUAAAUAUUUAUAUAUUUUUCGAAUAUAGUGUUCCAUUGUGUAAAAUGAGGGUAUGUAAAAUCCGUUGUCGUGCAUGUACAAACUUUCCACUUUCUUGGAAAAAGGGUUCUGUAUAAUUUUAAGUUUAAACAAUGUAAAUGUUGAAGCGUAUUUGUUGUAAUGAUCCUUCCUUAUGCAUGACGUACAUACAUAUAUGCAUGUUCAACUAAUCCUAAAUAUAGUUUUUUACUUCACGUUAUAAAGAUACCAUAUUCACCGAUGGCUCAAUUCAGCUGACAUUACAUAAGCGAAAAACUAUGUACAAAUGCAUAUGUAAAUCGUAUUAAACACUCAACAACUCGUGAUGUACGUAUGUAGCAUAAAAUGUCAGAAGUGUAAACUGGACGAUUUUAAUUGUGCAACUACAUACAUAUAUUUUAAACAUUUGUACUUGAUAUUUUUCUAAAAAAUAAAUACAAAUCGGAAAAGCGAAAAGCAAGUAUGAAAAGAAUAGCAAAAAGUAAAUUACCCAAAAACAAAGAAGCAUCAAAUCUUGCGACUGAAAAUAAUCAAAAAUCAGAAAGGCGAUUUAUUGGAAGGGACAUGUCAUGCGAGGUUUGCGGGGAUAAAGCAAGAUCGCACAAUUAUGGAGGUAUUUCCUGCAAUUGUUGCAGGUCCUUCUUUUCGCAUUUCGUUCUCAACAAUGUUAGAAACUACCCAUCCACAAGUAACGUCAAGAAAUGCAAAUUUCAAGAAAAUUGCACAAUCAAUCAGGUAACAAGGAGAAAGUGCAGGACGUGCAGAUUUUUUAAAUGUGUGUCGAUUGGAAUGGAUCCUUCAUGGGUGCUAUCAGAUUAUGAAAAACCACAGAAACUAAGGAAAGAAAAAAAUUCAGAAUCAAAUCAAUCCAAAGUUCAACAGCAAAUCCUUCCUCAAGAUAACACAUUAAGCGAAGAAGAAGCUGAAAAAAUCGCAAAUAUUGCAAAAUAUUACAAAACUGCGUGUCAACUUAUCCCGUACAAUUUUGUUUCUCGAGAAAAAUCUGAAAUCUUGAGCCCAACUAAACUACAAAUUUUAAACAUUGGUAUUAUAUCCACCGUUAUUCGAAGGUGUGUCUGCUUUGCGAGGAUGAUCCCGGAAUUUCAGAGACUUUCUUUGCACGAUCAAACCAAUUUGUUGAGACGAUCCGUAAUGGAAAUGGCAAUUUUACGAGACUCUGUAAUUUAUGACUUUACAGCACAUGCAUACACCUGCAAUUCCGAUGUUGACCAAUAUCCCGAAGUCACUGUGGAAGAAUGUGACAUGUUAUGGCCAGGGGAGAUAUCCGAUAUGUACGUUCAACUUUGCACAAGAAUCCAGACCCUUUGUCCAGACGAAGCCAGCAUCAUGCUAUUGACGCCUUUGGUCCUUUUUUCGGAUUCCGGUGGCAACGAUAGCUGCACAGAGUUUGAGGACCGGUCAGCUAUUAAUUCCGCACAAGAAUAUUAUUCAAGAUUAUUGGAAAAGUAUUUAAAGAAAGUUUACGGUGAUGAAAAAGGCAAGCAAAUUUUUCCACGGCUCCUCUCCAAACUUCCCGAUGUUACACAAGCAUCUCAAUUGCACCAAGGAAUUCCUCUUAACAUGACGGAGGACCAAGUUAAUAAGAUGCACCUGCAUCUUCUCCGUCUUCAGAGGGGAACAAAUACCCAAACUUGUCAAUCCUCGAGUACUAAUUAUUUCGGGGAUGAUCCAGCCCCACGAGAAUAUUUGAAUAGUGAGAAGGAUUGCUGCAAAAAAGUUAUUGCUGCGGCUAGACAAUCGUCUGCGUCAAGUAUUUUGAAACCCGAAAGUCAUAAAACCGAAAAUUCGUCCCCAUUUCCCUCUUUAAUCAAUACUUUUGUCAGUCAUCCAGGUGAGUGGGGAAUUAAGCCGGAGUAUUUCGAGGCAGGCCCGCAUUGUGGUAUAGAGCGGGCCUACAUGCGCAGAAUUCCGGAAUUGCUGUCAAAUCCGUGGGACUCGUUGGUUAAUGAUGUAGAGAAAUUGGCAAUUUCGAAUAAACAUAAAAAGAGGGGUGAAAUAUAAGUGCAAUAUCAGUAUUAUAAAUAUAUUAAUGAUGAAAUAAAAUAAUUUACUUGAAU